AUGGUGUCGGUGGCCAUGUCGCGAUCGGAUUCUCGCGACUCAACAUCUUCCAGCACAAACUACUACACAUCCCACGCGCCUAUGUCUGCGUACAGCGCGCUCUUAAGCGCGUCGCCAACCUCAGCGUGGCCAUCAUCUCAACCUCUUGCUCGAACAGACAGCAACACUUCAGCCACCACGUCCCAGGCACAAUCAGUACCUAUGCGGCGCGACAGUAGCAACUCGAGUUGGAUGCCGAGUCCCUACCGCUCUUGCUUGUCAUCCUUCGGCGCGGAACCAAGCUCUUAUCUGUCCGAUGACGAUCUUCUAUGCUCAGCUGAAGUCCUCAACCUCCCCGUCGAGACCAUUCCUGCCUUGGCUCCCAAGAAGGAACUCACCACCGAGGAGCAAAUCGCCUUGUUGCGUGAGCUGCAAGAAAAGGAAGCAGCCUCUGCACAGUACCAGGCAGCAACGCACGCCGACGCAAAACGAAGAGUAGUGCGAUUUGCGAGCCAGGAUGCCAGCAGCUCCAGCAAACCACGCCGACCUAGCACGAACAAGAGACGCCAGACUACCGUGCGACGCGGCAUGAGCUGCCUGAAUGGUCCUCAGUAA